GUUUGUAUUGAUUUGUCAGAUUAAUUUUAAAAAUGGCGGCGCAAGGUUUACCUUCCAAAAUGAAGGAAUUACGUUUACCUAUUUCAAGAGUAAAAACUAUAAUGAAAAGUUCACCUUAUGUCGAUACAGUUGGACAAGACGGAUUGUAUUUAGUUACAAAAGCUACGGAAUUGUUUAUUCACUAUCUAACAGAAGAAGCUCAUAUGCAAAAUAAUAAAGGGAAUAAUUUAGAUUACAAGCAUUUAGCAGAAGUUGUACAAACAAAUGAUACACUGGAAUUUUUACGAGAAAUAAUGCCACGAAAAAUUACCGUAAGGCAAUUCAAGGAGAUGAUGGCAGCUAAAUCAUCGAAUAGUAGUUCUUCUGAAAGUAGCUCAGACUCGGAUAGUGAUAGCGAGUCUGAUACUGACUCUUGUUCUAAUAGCGACAAUAAAGAAGAUAAUGAAAUAUCAGGUAGUGAACAUGAAACAGAAGCACAAGAAAAUGGUAAAUGUAGUUUCAGUGAUAAAAGUGAGGCUAGUGGUAAAAGUGACAGCGAAGAGGAAUCUAAGAGGUAGAAAUAAGAAAAUAGGAUAAAAUCCUAUUAUAUUCAUAGGUUAUCCUUAAUAAGUAUUUUAGAAGAUAUUUAGUCUGCAAUUUUAUUUUUAAGACAUUUUAUUAAAGACGUCAAGUUAUGUCUAUAUGAUUCUUAUUAAUUGAUAUGGAUCAUAUUAUCGUAAUAAUGAAUGACCAAAAAUAUUAAAAUUUAGUCAAAAUUAAGAAUAACAAAGGAUAUAAAAUUAAUUGUAUUUUUACUCGAAUAUUGUUAAUUCAACUAAUUUUAGAGCAAAAAUUUCUUUUAAAAGAAAUACAUUUUUAAAUCUUUAUAUUUCAUAUAUUUUUCAAUAAAGUCGUCAUUUUUAAUUUGUGUG